CAUUGCGCAGGCGUACACCACGUACACCGAUGAUCAGAGCUGUCUCGGCUGAAUGCUAGCUGGCUAGCUAACGGUCUGUCAACUCGCACACAUUGGGCUAGAAGGGGGAGAAGCGCAACGGUGGAGAAGAAGGGCGACCCAAGCGCCGCUACGAAAUGGCCGGGCAACAGUUCCAGUACGAUGACAGCGGCAACACGUUUUUCUAUUUCCUCACGUCCUUCGUCGGACUUAUUGUGAUCCCAGCCACAUAUUACCUCUGGCCCCGGGAUCAGAAUGCUGAACAACUGCGUCUGAAGAGCCUGAGGAAGGUCCAUGGAAGAUGUCUGUGGUACCGGCUGCGGCUGACGAAGUCGCAGCAGAGCAUCGUCCCAACACUAAAGAAAGCAGCUUUGUUAUUUGGCUGGGCUGUGUUCCUGCUGCUAGCAUACAAAGUGUCCAAGCUGGACAGAGAGUACCAGGAGUAUAACCCAUAUGAAGUCCUCAACUUGGACCCGGGUGCAUCGCUAUCAGAAAUCAAGAAGCAAUACCGUGUGCUAUCACUCAAGUUCCAUCCUGACAAAGGCGGUGAUGAGUCCACAUUCAUGAGGAUUGCCAAAGCCUAUGCUGCUCUGACAAACGAACAGUCACGACAGAACUGGGAAACAUACGGUAACCCGGAUGGGCCGGGAGCCACCAGUUUUGGUAUUGCUCUGCCCGCCUGGAUUGUUGACCAGAAGAACUCAAUGCUGGUGCUGCUGGUAUAUGGACUAGCCUUUAUGGUCAUCCUUCCUGUUGUUGUGGGCACAUGGUGGUACCGCUCCAUCAGGUACAGCGGAGACCAGAUCCUCAUCAACACCACGCAGCUCUUCAUGCAUUUCAUGUACAAGACACCCAACAUGAACAUGAAGCGGUUAGCCAUGGUGUUGACUGCAGCGUUUGAGUUUGACCCUCGCAGUAACAAAGACGCCACCAUACGACCAACAGACAACAUCGAAGUUCCACAGUUGAUCCGUGAGUUGGGAAACAUCAACGUGAAGAAGAAGGAGCCUCCAUUCUGCUAUCCUUACAGUUUGAAGGCCAGGGUCUUAGUGCUGGCUCACCUGGCACGCAUGGACGUCUCAGAGGAGCUGGAUGAAGGUAGGACACUGGAAAAAAAACUUGAAGAAGAGAUGCCAGAGGUAGAGAUAGACAUAGAUGAGCUGUUGGAUGUCACCAGUGACGACGAGAGGGCCACCAAACUACAGGUAUCGUUAAUAGACUGCUACAAACCAACAGGGGACUUUGUCCGUGAUCUGCUGGCCAGGAUAAGGGGAAUGAGAAAACUCAGUGCGCCAACCAAGAAGGGCCUAUAA